AUGGCAGACUUCGAGAGUAUCGCAAAGCAGUUCACUGAGUACUACUACAACCAGUUCGAUCAGGAUAGAAAGCAGUUGGCUCCUCUCUACCGAGACAACUCCAUGUUGACCUUCGAGUCAUCCUCCAUCGCUGGAGUUGGCGGGAUCGUUGACAAACUUUCAUCCCUCCCUUUUGUGAAAGUUAAGCACGCCGUCUCCACCCUCGAUGCGCAACCUUCGGGGGACCAUGGUGGAAUUCUGAUUCUCGUUACCGGUGCCCUCUUGGUUGAUGAAGAGCAGAGGCCGAUGAACUACAGCCAGGCUUUCCAGCUUAUGCCCGAUGGUCAAGGCAGCUACUUCAUCUUUAAUGAUGUCUUCAAGCUGGUGUUCGGAUGA